AUGUUUUCAAGAAUCUUACCUAGAUACGGUGCCAUCAGAUCAACGAGUCGUUCCUCACUGGCCACAACUCUUGUUACAACACCUCAGCGAAGUACGAUUUCGACGACACAUACUUUGGGAGCUUAUAACACAAUCUCAGCUAGAGAUUGGUCGCGCUUGAGAUGUGGUAGACAUAACUAUGCGAAAAAAGAAGCAAGUCGAUGUGGUCAGUCUAAGAGGUCUAUUACAACAAUCAAUAGCGCAAAUCUCCCAGCUCCAAUUGGUCCAUACUCCCAUGCUGUGCAGACACCUUUCGGUGUCUUUGUUUCCGGUCAACUCCCUGCAGACUUUGAAGGAAACCUCGUAGAAGGAACAAUGCGUGAAAAGACGGAAGCAGUUCUCAAAAACCUACAAGAAGUUCUUAUCACCGCCAAGUCCUCUCUCGAUAGGAUCGUUAAGGUCCAAGUUUUCUUGACAGAUAUGAAAGAUUUCGCUGAAAUGAACCAAGAGUAUGAAAAGUGGAUCACUCACAAACCAGCGAGAAGUUGUGUAGCCGUUAAGGAGUUACCGAAGGGUGUCAAUAUUGAGAUUGAAUGCAUCGCCAUGCCCUUGAAUAUUGGACCCAAGGAAUAA